GGAAGACACAUGGAAUAUUUAAAUUUUAGAAAAUUUGCACAUUGAUUUCAUUUAAGAAUUGAACAAAGAGUAUAUAUUGCUUCAUUUACGCGCUUGGUUUUCCACAUUAAACAUAUCUUGCCAGAGCCAUAUUAUUUUGUCCAAUUAUAAAUUGUAAUAUUGUAUCUACGAAACUAACAACAAAAGGAGGCGUCCGACCAAAAAGCUUUGAGAUAAAAAAACAAGCAUUUUUCGUGGCGUGAUUUUAAAUAUUAAAAUAAAACAACGUAAGUGAUUGCAAUAUAAUCACUUCAAGGCGUCAACAAAGCAAAUAAGUGCAUUUGUAAACAAGAUAAGUUUAACACCAAUUUGUUCACAAUUGACGUAACUAGCGUAAUUUGAGAAAAAACAAUGAAUCGCAUGACUAUGGGCUCGGUACGUGUGGCAAGAAGCGGGAGUCUGUUAAAUGAUACAUUUGCAGGGGCUGGUCAAUCUGCAACAACAACAAGUAAUUCUGGCUUUUCGUGUGCUGACAAUAAUAACGAACUAAGUUCUCCAACGAAGGCAUGCACAAUAAACAGACCUUUGGCUACAGUUUCUAACCGUGAUGCAUGGAAGUCAAGCAAGAACGCUGAACGUGCCGCUCAGAUUGUUAAACAAUCAAAUGUAAUCUGUUUUGAUGUAGAUUCUACAGUAAUAUGUGAAGAAGGCAUUGAUGAAUUAGCUGAUUUUUGCGGUAAGGGAUCGGAAGUGGCACGCGUCACUAAAGAAGCAAUGGGAGGAGGUAUGACUUUCCAAGAUGCACUAAAUAUUAGAUUAAAUAUUAUACAGCCAAGGAAAAAUCAAAUCAUUGAAUUUCUCCAGCAACGCCCGUGUACCCUAACGAAAAAUAUUCGAAGUUUUAUGGAAAAAUUAAAGUUGGAAAGAAAAGAAAUUUAUUUAAUAUCCGGAGGGUUUCAUUGUCUAAUAGAUCCAAUUGCUGAUGAACUCGGAAUACCAAGAAAUCAUGUAUUUGCAAAUAAAUUAACUUUUUUCUUUAAUGGUGACUAUGCAAGCUUUGAUACAACACAGCCUACUUCCAAAAGUGGUGGUAAAGCAGAAGCCGUGUCAAUUAUUAAACGUUGUCAUCCAGAUGCCAUUAUAACUAUGAUCGGAGACGGUGCAACUGAUUUGGAAGCAGCACCACCUGCAGAUAAUGUCAUUGGCUUUGGAGGCAAUGUUCUACGUACGGAAGUGCACCAACGAGCACAGUAUUACAUUAUGGAUUUCGCUCAACUGAUGUGACACAAUUAAGCAGGAGUCUUGUUACUUUGUUUAAUUAUUUUACAGAAUUUAUGUUUAUUAAGUGCCUAAUACAUGUACAUUUAUACGUAUUUAUAGCUAAAUUUUUUAACUGUUUCAUGCAAAUAAUAAGAACAAUAUGUAAGAAUUAUUGAGUAGGGAUUUAUUAUUAAUAAAAAGUAUUGAAUACUGAUAAUAUUGAAAGAAAACAA